AUGAGUAUCUAUCAAGCACUACGACGCGCCCUUACCACCAAGGGUCCCAAGCCUAAUUCAACUGGUGCGCCAACGGUCCACACACCGGUCCACACCACACGACCCUUUCGCCACGUCCCUGUGGUACAAAAGCACUACGGUGACGAUCUACAACUUCACAAGGAGCAAGAAGCUCCACGCAUAGACAGAGAAUUCAAGUAUUUGGACUUGGAGAGAGAUCUCCUUGCCCUCGAGAGGAGGCUCAAGGGUUUGGGAUACCGCGACAGCAACGUCCUGCACCAGUUGUGGGCCAAGUACGGGGCCUCGAGGGAGACACGCUGGGCUCUCAAGGGCGUGGAGCGUAGACUGAACGAGGAAAAGGAACGGAAGAAAGUUGAGGAUUUAGAGCAGGAGCUUCGUUACUACAGGGGAUGGGACAAAAAACAACUUUAG